CGCUUGCUGCUUCAUGUUUUGGGUUACUCAGAACUGUCGCGUUGAUCUAAUCGUUUCUUUCUUUCUUUCCAAGCUAUCGUUGAGCUGGAAUGCUCGUCGUGGUAAUAUGUAAUUCUUGAUCUCAACGCAACAGUUUCAAUUUAAAGGAAGUCUUCUAUCCAGUUGAUGCCAUGUUUGAAGUAUGAGGAUAUUGACGAGCAAUAGGGCUUCGUACGAGAGGGUAGAAGCCCUAAUGAUUCACUAGAAAUCUGCCAUGUUCGGGUACAGUACUAGCCAUUCUAGAUGGUAUAUCGAGAUCUACGAGUACAUCAUCACAUGGCAUGGUCAAAGCGUGAUACAUCAAACCCCCCGAUCCUUGAUAAACUCUCCUUCUCCAACGACCACCGAUACACUUCUCAGCCUUCUCCACGUACAUUGUAUACCAACACUCGCGUUAGCCAUGUUUCCUCAGUUACCGGAUGAGAUAUCACUCACUAUCCUUAACCAGGUAGAUUAACCGCUCUCUCAAGCUCACCCUCAAAAACUCCUCCUUUGCUAACUCUACAUAGAUCACUGCCACGAGAGACUUGAAGCGCCUUUGUGGAGUGUCCAAGGGGUUUUAUAGAGCACUCAUUGACAGAUUAUAUGAAAAAUAUGUUCUCCGGCCCUUGAACGAGAAUGCGCUCGAUGAUUUGAAUUGGUUACCGGAUACCAAAGCUUUUCGAAACCUUUGUAAAGUCAAGAAUUUCGCCGUGUCAUCGCAUUUCCACAACAGAACAGAACAGCGAUGUAUACACUCCCCUGAUGAUGUGGUUUGGAACCAGGCGGGCCAGGAGGGGAUGGAAGUUGCUGCACGUGAGUAUUCGACUCACAACACCGAGGAUUUUCGCAAAAUAGCUCGUCGCCUGGCCGAGGUUAUUUUCAGUCUGCCCAAGGAUGGUUUGCGAUCUUUUAGGUGAGUGAUCGCUCAGGAUUCUCACCACGAUCAUGGCUGAAUCUCCCCUUAGAUGGGAAAUAGGUAGUUGUAUUCCAUUAAACCUCAUGUGGUGUCUCAUAGUGACCCAGCCAUCGCUCAAACAUUUAUCACUAAUACUUGGUGAUCUUUGCAUGGUCGAGAACUGGAGUCCUCCCAGUGAAUUCCAUUAUCCCGAAGACUUUACCUCGAUUGAAGAUUGCAUUCGAGAUUGCGUUUUCAGUCAACUUGAAGAGCUUUCCGUGGCCAACAGAAACAUCGAUGUUGAUUUCGUACAUGUCGGCAAAAUUCUCGGGGCCAGUCGACAAACCUUGACUAAGAUUGAGCUUGAUUUUAUAUACGAAUUUAUGCUUGAUGACUUUGAAGAUGUGGACGUCGAGGACUUCGCAGAUGAGAUUCUUCAUGUAGACCUCAACGAGCCGAGAAGCUGCAGGUUCCCUGCCCUGAAAACGCUCGCCCUCGGAGGACUUGACAUGGUUAGAAUCGCUGAAGCGACCUUACAUGCAUAUAAUCUUCCCCGUCUAGCUUCCCUGAAAUUUCGAAAUUGUAAUGGAACCAGAGAAUGUCUGGGAAUUUUACUCGAUUACGACAAACCGAUCGACUUGACUUCGUUGGAAGUCUAUAGUACCCACAGAGGACAUGACGACAUGAAUGAUUUAUACUAUACCAUGCACUCAUUCCUCAAUACAUACGAUGGCCUCGAAAACUUAUUUCUCGGUUUCAAUGCCUGUUCAAAGCUUGUAAAUGGGGGCAGGUUUCCCCAUUUCGUGGGACUGGUAAACAAGCAAGGGAAAAACCUCAAGAGAUUUGCGCUACAUGCCAGAUAUCUUGACUAUGGUAACGGGGUUCCAGAGGGCCAAGGUCACGAUAUACUUGAUCUGUGUUAUACGGAUUCAAUUUACGAUGGUCUUUUCAAACUAGACAAUGUCGCCCACCCGUUCUACUUCUCAGCCUUAGAGUGUUUGGGCCUGAGCUACGAGCCUCAUACUCUGGUCAGUACCUGUCUAUUCCAAAUCUAAUCUGCUAAACAAACUUACAAUUUCUACAGCGAGGCCUAGUCCUGCCUUUUACACAGAAAUCCACCCUCAAAAUCCUUCACAUGAGACGAUCAGGUCAAGACCGAGAUCUCCGCGGGCCAAUCACAGAUCGAGGCUGGGAUAUAGUAAGCGAAGAAGCAGGCCCAAGUUCGCCGCGUUCCGAUACCAGCUCCGAAUCGUCAUUUGAGCCAUUCAUCGGUCCACUCCCAUUUAAUCCCAAUGAAGCUAUCACUGAGGAACUCUCUGACCCCCUCAUCACACCACCACAAGCGGACCCAAUGUAUCCUUUUCACGCAACCAAACGAUAUGAAAUCAUCCAACUACCCGGCGCCAUUUUUGAUUUUCUGAAUUGGCUUUUUGGGCCAGAUGGUGUGAGGUCGGUGCGUGUUUUCGCAUAUGGGGAUUUCUCACAUAACGGCAGGUUUAGAGCUUACAAUCAUAUCUUUUGUCGAGGAGAUGCUUCUGGUUAUGUAGAUCCUGAGCCUCAAGAUAAACCGGAGCUUGAGUUGAACUGGAGACCGAUUCGGGCGGAUGAUCAUGAGCUCUGGAGCUUGAUUGAGAGGAAUAAAGAUUUUCUGGGGAGCUGUCCGACGGAUCCUUUGGUUGAUGAUUAUUAGUGUUCUUGGGGAUGAAAAUGCGAGGGUACGUAAAGUAUUGUGGUUUUGUAAAAGUGUGUAUCUGAUGUACUUGCGAGUUAGAAAUACUUCUCAUGGUUUCUUGUAUGUAUA